GCCAUUCUUGUUCCCGGCACAUACAACAUAUUUUGCCAGGUACUUUUCCAAGAUGGCCGUUUGCCCUCACAUCGAAACCGCAGGUAUGUUGGUUGGCUUUGCUGCCCCGCGUGCCAAAUUUCCCAAGCUGUGAAGCUGAAGCUAACGCCCUGCUUUGAAGGUAUCCGGCCUCCCACUUCGACGCAGCCUGUCUACAGAGAAGACUGCACACAAUGUUUUGAUUCAAUUGAUGAUCCGAGCGGGUUGAAUGUCUGCCUCCACUGCUUCAACGGCGGGUGCACCGGGGAAAGAAAUCAUGGGCAGCUUCAUAGUGCUUUGCAAGGCCACUCACUAGCCCUGAAUAUCAGACGGACGAGGAAAAAGAUCCAGCGCGACGAGCCCCCUCAAAAAAUAUCGAAGCUAGCUAUAUCAGCAGAGACUGAAGAAGAUCGCUACGAUACAUCGACUACCGUUGUCUGCUACGAAUGCCAAGUCGAGGAUAUUGAGGAUCCGAGCGGAAGACUUGCUGAGGUGGUAGAUGGGGUGAUGAAAGCUUUGACCUUUUCUAGGCAGGAGGAAGUCAAGGCGUGGGAACAAGAAUUUGUUCCUUGUGAACAUACUCUUAUGUUGGUUCAGAAAGAGCAAAGCGAUGCCCAAAAACUUGGUUUAAACCAGUGCUCAGGUUGCCAACUGCAAGAGAAUCUGUGGCUUUGCUUAGAGUGUGGCAAUGUCGCAUGUGGACGGAGUCAGUUCGGGGGCGUUGGCGGCAACUCUCAUGCUCUUGCGCACUCUGAUUCUCUGUCCCAUGGUGUUGCAGUUAAACUUGGCUCUAUCACACCCGAAGGUGGCGCAGAUAUAUAUUGCUACACCUGUAAUGAAGAAAGAACAGACCCAGAGUUAGCGUCUCACUUGGCCCAUUGGGGAAUUAACAUUGCGGAAAGCCAUAAAACCGAAAAGAGCCUCAUGGAAUUGCAGGUAGAACAGAAUCUCAAGUGGGAGUUUGCCAUGACUACAGAAGACGGGCACACCUUGCAGCCUAUCUUCGGGCCAGGCUUUACUGGUCUCAAAAACUUAGGCAAUAGCUGCUACCUGGCCAGCAUUGUCCAAUGCCUGUUUUCUUUGGAAGAGUUUCAACAACGAUAUUUCCGACCUAACGAAGAAUCGCCACUUACCACUAGUCCCGCUGAGGAUUUCGAGACACAAAUGCGCAAGCUUGCAGACGGUUUAUUGUCCGGUAGAUACUCCAAGUCCGACUCUGUGGUAUCAGCUACACCGGACUCUGCAGAGGUGCCCCAUCAAAAGGGGCUAGCACCUGCGAUGUUUAAGUAUCUCAUUGGUCGCGGCCAUCCGGAGUUUUCCACAAUGAGACAGCAGGAUGCUUUCGAGUUUCUCCAACACCUCUUCAAGCUCGUAUCGUUAUCAAAGCAUUCUGAUGGGUACAGCAAUCCAGUGGAUAGCUUUCGGUUUGUUCUUGAACAACGGCUGCAGUGUCUGGCGUGCGAGAAGGUCCGCUACAAGUAUGAUGAACAGGACAACAUCUCCAUCCAAGUACCUGCUCGUCCUCUCAUAUCUGAUGAUGCCUCGAAGGAGCCCAAUAGUGCAUACCAAUCGGUGACUAUUAGAGAAUGUCUCGAUAUCUUCACGGGAGUGGAAAAUGUUGAACUCAAAUGUCCAGGCUGUGGCAGCGAUAAAGGCUUCCGCAAACGGUCUCUCUUCAAAACUCUCCCUCGGGAACUUGUUAUUAAUGCUCGUCGUUUCGAGCUGAUUAAUUGGGUUCCCACAAAGCUCAAUAUCCCAGUGGAGGUUGGCGACGAGGAUUUGGACUUGAGUUCCUACCUAUCCCCCGGCCCUCUACCGACAGAGGAAUUGCUUCCGGACGAGCCCGAACAAGCCGAAUCUCAAUUUGUGGCGAAUCCAGAAGCGCUGGAGCAGCUCGCUAGUAUGGGGUUCCCACAAGUGCGAUGUGAAAAAGCACUGCACGCAACAGGAAACUCGGAUGCGGAAAGUGCAAUGAAUUGGCUCUUUGCUCAUAUGGAAGACCCGGACAUUGACGAGCCACUUUCUUUAAGCACCAACUCUGGACCGGCGCAACAUGAUGCCGAGAAGAUCAGUCAGCUUGGAGAGAUGGGAAUUGAGCCCGAACGUGCUGCAGUGGCUCUUUCAGAAACAGGCGGUGACGUCAACAGGGCACUCGACUGGGUUUUCAGUCAUCCGGACGAUUGGGAUGCUCACAUUAACAAAAAUCAAGCCACGGGAGCGGCCACAGUACAAGAGCCACCUGGCAGCGCAUCGCUACCAGCGAGCUACAAACUACAGUCCCUCGUUUGCCAUAAAGGGGCUUCACUUCAUGCUGGGCAUUACGUUGCCUUUAUACGCAAAGAUAUCCCCGGUACUAAGCAGGUGUCUUGGGUCCUGUUCAAUGAUGAGAAGGUGGUGGAAGCCGACAACAUUGGAGAGAUGAAGCAGUUUGCAUAUGUUUACAUUUUCUCACGAGCAUAA